UCGUGCGCCGUAAUCAAUCUCCCUUUUCUUCUACUCGUAAAACCCGGGAGUAAAACUCGAGGAAUCUCCAAUUUGUAGAUCACAACUUGCGUUGAUCCCUGGUGUCGGAAUUUCAAGAACGCCUGGCUGAACAUUAACAUAUUUUUAGAAUGUAAUAAAUAUCCAAAAAUUAUAUAUAAUAAAAUAAGUUAUAUAAAUAAAAUUGUUCUGCACAAGAUGAACUUUCCAUGAUCAGAAUUAUUCUGAGGAAACACCAUUAUAUAUCCUUUUGAACGUAUCAGAUCAGGAUUAUCCCGGAUCUCGUUCAACGUCAAUUUUAAAAGCUGUGUUUCAGCCUAGGUAGUUUUUAAUUGCGAUACUGUGCGGUCGGUGCGGAUUUUCAGUUUGUUCAAACUUUGCUUGUGACAUCCAUUCUCCCUCUUGUAAUAGAUUUGUAAUAGAUUGAUCACCUGACGGCGCCGGGUGAUCAAUCUUCUCCGCGUGAUCCGAUGAGAGUCGUUUUUCGGAAGAAUAAUCGAUAAUUGUCGCGAAAAAGUGGCCGAUGAGUGUUCUUGAUGGUGGAGCGAUCGUAAUUUCUGUGAAAUUUUCAAGCGGCACCGAUCCCGGUCUUCCUCCCGAGGGGUCGAUAGUGGGAACGAGACGGAAAGACGACCAGCUGAUUAAUCGUGUUCCGAAGAAGACAGCAUUCAAGAACCACCAUGUAUUCGAUCCUGUUACUAACGAGAUCCGUCCGACUCGAGCAUUUCCCACGAAGAUUGGCCUCCUCGAUCAGCGGACUGCGCUUGCCGCAAUUAACAACAGAUAAUGUCAUGACGCAAGGGUACGUGCGCAGAGACUUGCAAACGUCGGAGCGACCACGAAGACAGCAGACCUUUACGGAGCGCACCGAGUUGAAGUACGCCCGUCGUCUGGUCAUCAAACUUGGCAGCGCCGUUAUAACGAGAGAAGACGAGCAUGGCCUGGCUCUUGGACGUCUGGCCUCCAUCGUGGAACAGGUAGCCGAGUGCCAGAUCGAGGGACGCGAGUGCGUCAUGGUGACCAGCGGUGCGGUUGCUUUUGGCAAACAGAAGCUCACUCAGGAGCUCCUCAUGUCCAUGUCGAUGAGGGAGACUCUGAGUCCUACGGAUCACACGCGGGAACAUGCAGGAACUAUGUUGGAACCUAGAGCAGCUGCCGCAGUGGGCCAGUCGGGCCUCAUGUCCCUCUACGACGCGAUGUUCGCGCAAUACGGCGUCAAGAUCGCCCAGGUGCUGGUGACGAAGCCCGACUUCUACAACGAAGAGACGCGGAAGAAUCUCUUCAGCACGCUGAGCGAGCUGAUCAGCCUGAAUAUCGUGCCAAUCAUCAACACGAACGAUGCGGUGUCGCCGCCACCGGAUGUCGAUGAGGAGGUAGCUGGCGGUGGUGGCAGACGCGGGAUAUCCAUCAAGGACAACGAUUCGCUGGCGGCGAUGCUGGCUGCCGAGGUCCAGGCGGAUCUGCUGGUCCUCAUGAGCGACGUCGACGGGAUCUACAAUCUUCCCCCGUGGCACGACGGCGCGAAGAUGCUGCGCACAUUCAGCUCCGAUCUUCGGGGUACCAUCAAGUUUGGACAGAAGUCGAAGGUGGGCACCGGCGGUAUGGACUCGAAGGUCAACGCCGCACUCUGGGCGAUGGAUCGGGGUGUCGCGGUUGUAAUCUGCAACGGCACCCAGGAGAAGGCCAUCAAGAGCAUCAUGUCAGGCAGAAAGAUCGGCACGUUCUUCACGCAAGCUGCCGGCUCGGUUACUCCCGUCGAGGUGAUCGCUGAAAAUGCUCGCAUUGGCAGUAGAGUGCUACAGGCGUUACGCCCGGAAGACCGUGCCGAGUGCAUCAACACCCUUGCCGGCUUGUUGGAGUCCAGACAAUCCGAGAUCCUCCACGCGAACGCGCUGGAUCUAGAGGAAGCAAGCAAGAAGAGCCUGGCCAAGGCUCUGCUGUCGCGUCUGUCCUUGACGCCGGCGAAGCUAAAAUCCUUGAGUUCCGGCCUGCGUCAGAUUGCGGACGAUUCGCUAAACAACGUCGGCCGCGUCCUUCGAAGAACGCAACUUGCCGAGGGUCUGCUAUUGGAGCAGAUUACAGUGCCUAUCGGAGUGCUGCUGGUGAUCUUCGAGUCGAGGCCGGACAGCUUACCUCAAGUAGCCGCCCUGGCGAUGUCCAGCGCCAACGGACUCCUCCUGAAAGGCGGCAAGGAGGCCACCACGAGCAACAAGUACCUGAUGACGCUUGUGAAGGAGGCGCUGGACAAAUUCGGUGCCGCCAAUGCCAUUUCACUAGUGUCCACGAGGGAGGACGUGGGUGAUCUUCUCUCGAUGGAGAAGCACAUAGAUCUCAUUAUCCCUCGCGGUAGCUCGGACCUGGUCCGUACUAUUCAGGAUCAGUCCAAGCAUAUACCCGUGCUGGGACACGCCGAGGGUGUCUGCCACGUUUUCGUCGACAAAGACGCAGACCUAGCGAAAGCUAUGAGGAUCGUGAGGGACUCCAAGUGCGAUUAUCCUGCCGCGUGCAAUGCUAUGGAGACGUUGCUGAUACACGAAAGCCUGAUGAGCGGUGGAUUCUUCAGAGACGUAUGCAACAUAUUGCACAAGGAAGGGGUGAAAAUCAAUUCCGGCCCAAAGAUAAGAGAACUAUUGACCUUCGGUCCACCAUCUGCCAAAAGCAUGCGAACCGAAUACGGUGCACUCGAAUGCACCAUAGAAGUGGUCUCGGACGUCGACGACGCUAUCAACCACAUUCACAAAUACGGCAGCAGCCACACCGAUGUCAUUGUCACCGAGCACAGUGACACGGCAGCGCAUUUCCAGAGGGAGGUAGACAGCGCCUGUGUGUUUCACAAUGCCAGCACUAGAUUCUCAGACGGCUACAGAUUCGGUCUCGGAGCAGAGGUCGGCAUCUCCACGGCACGUAUCCACGCACGUGGCCCGGUAGGAGUCGAUGGUCUGUUGACGACAAAGUGGGUGCUGAAGGGUGAUGGACACGCGGCCGCGGAUUUCGCCGAGGGAGGUAGCAGGACCUGGUUGCAUCAAUCCUUACCUCUCACCGACUCGUAAACCGAUUGGCUAACUUGUGAUCUCGGGAAUCGUCAAAAUCCAGAGAAAACGAGAAAACUUUUUUCAGGGAAAAGCAUAGCACAUACCAAACGUCGCGAGAAAGAAAAAUUCGCCCGUGAUAGAAUAAAUAUUAGCGAAUUGUUCUGCGUAGCUGAGUCGAAAUCGUAGCUAUGUGAGAGUAUGACAACGAAAAUAUUUGUAAAAUCGAAAAUUUCUGCAUAUAAGACUGUCAAAAAAUAUGCUGUUUAUUUAGGACAAACGUAAUUGUCAUAUUUUUAACAAGAUAUUCGAAAUUCUUAAAUAAUGUUGACUCAUAAAUAAAUUAAUAAUAUAAAUUAUAA